AUGGAUGCGCCGCCAAACAGCAGCGUGGCUGGCGGAGAAAAGGCAUUCAUCAUCCAACCUUCUGAGCUUACACCCUCUCGAGCCAAUGUGGGAAAUCAUGGGAAUGGGGUGAAUGCCCAACAUUUCAAGGUGGCCCAGGAUCCUAUCCGGUGCGACAGCUGUGAUUGUGAAGAACGCUGCCUAAACCUCGGACGCAGACAUGAUGGCACGUCGAUGGAUGUAAACGAAGGCGAUGGUUUCGGCAUGGAGGAGUCCACCAUGGCCGAAAACCAGCUGCCAAGUGCUCUUCUUGGUCGUGUUCUAAUCCGGGUCGCCUCGAGAUCGAGCUACGACCCCGGGGCCUCCCCCAGUUGGUGGUUGCCUGGCCUGGACUCAAUGCUUUGUUGGUCAUCUCGUCAUCUUCAAUACAUGGGCCCCGAGCGACGUGUCAUGGAUAGGCUCAAUCAAUAUCUUUCUCAUCUUCUUCGUGGACACUCUCACAGGCCGUCUCGUGGAUGCGGGCUCUUUCCGCGCCGUUUUCUUGCCAGGUACUGCUCUUGCUGGGCGUGUGGCCAUGGGUGUCUCUCUUGUCCCGCGUUGGCGGUUCUGUCCACGUACUUCCUUUGUCGAAGAGCAUUGGCCUUGGGGAUUGCUGCUUGUGGCAGCGUGACGGGCGGACUCGUAUUCCCCAGCAUGGUCCGUCAAAUGCUUCCUUCGACGGGACUCCCUUGGACAGUGAGGACAAUCGCUUUCGUCCAGCUUGCAACAAUGAUUUUGGCCAACCUGCUGGCUCGUUCAAGGAUCAAGCGCCGAAAGGCUGGGCCGCUGGUGGAGUGGUCAGCCUUCAAGGAGUUCGAGUACACCUUUUAUGCUGCGGGGGCAUUUUUUUGCCUGCUUGAGCACCGUUUGAUUUUGCUGCUUCCACCCGUCACCACUCAUCGAAAGACCAAGUUUUACUAA